AUGGACCAGCCACUAGAAACUGAGGACUGCAAUCCAGACCACCCGGAAGAAGUCAACCUUAUUACUUGCUGCCUCUUGGAGACAGAGAAGCCUCCUUCGCCUAUACCAUCGGGAUCACCCCGAAAUGAGCCCACCGAGGCCGAAGCGCCUCUGUGGCCAUACUCGACGCCUAGGGGCAUUGUCGAAACACUACGGAGUCCGUGGCACAUCGAAUGCGACGAACCAUCUCAUGGGAAUCAGGACAGGCUUUCAUCACCAACGGGAACUGAGCGAACUGAUAGUCCGCCACCUCCAGUCGAAUCCGCCAUAGUUAACACCAUGUUUAGCAAGAGCAGCUGUGAACUUACAAUACCUUAUCUUUGGAGUUUCCUCUUCGAUGUCGUUUUCGACUCGAACAGCGAAACGGAUGCCGCCCGAACGAGGACGACCUUCAAGAGACAUAGAAAGGACUAUGCCAAGUUGAAGAUAGAAGAUUCGUCUCAAAUCGCGGCUGUCUAUGACUGGUUGCAGUCAGGCUGGCCCAUCACCAAGCCAAUAACACCCGACUCUGUCAACGAGCUCUUACGAAAGGACUGCGAAGAAAUUUACCAAAUGAUUCAUGGCAAUGAUGGUAGAAAGCGCUCAGAUACUCGGGCGGAAUCACGCGAAGAGCUCCGAGACAUACUUUCUCUGGCUCUGGAGCUAGAUGAAAUGAUCAUGACCUCGCGGGCCAUGAUUACCGUGGUAUGGCCCGGUGAGGUACCCGAGAUCAACGCAGGCAACUGCACCGAGUAUCAAGAGUGGUACAUGGAGGCCAUACAGGAAGAGGGAGAGCCCGGCGAGAAUGUGAGAUUGAAGUUGUGCGUUACGCCCAUACUUUUGAAGAAAGGGAAUGCGAGAGGGACCAACUACGAGUCUCAGAUUGUGCUUGUCAAGGGCGAUGUUGUUGUGGCUUAUGGAUCUAGUCAGGGGAGUACGGAACCUGUUCAGACUCAGGAAGGUACCGUAGAGUGA